AUGAAAGAAUUAUCGAAAUUAACAAUAAGUAAUAAAACAACUAUGAUUUUGUUUGUUUGUAAGAAAUAUAAGGAAGUAAAACAAAAUAACAACAAUAAAUAAAAAUUUUAAAAAUAAUUAUGUUCAAUGAUAAAUUUCUCUAAUAAACGUAUUACAUUCCUUGAAAUGUUAUAAGAGAUUAUGGAAUUUAUACUUAGUAAAAUAAAACAAAAAUUCAUUUCUUCUUAUACUUGGAAUGUUAAAUUGAUGAGUGAAGAACCGAUUUCAUCUUGAU